AUGUUAAAGGGUUGCAACCUUGCAAAAAUGAUUCUGGAGCAGGCCAACAACCUGUCAAAAGGGCCACAAAUUGUGUUUAUAAUUGUAUUCCCUCUUUUGGGAGCACUUAUACUUCUUUUUGCUUUCAUUGGAAUUUUCUUGAUUGCUGAAAGAACAAAGAGAACUCCAGAAAUCGAAGAAGGUGAUGUACAGAAUGAUCUCUUUUCAAUAUCAACUUUUGAUGGAAGAGCAAUGUAUGAAGAGAUUAUAAAGGCCACCAAGGAUUUUGAUCCCAUGUAUUGCAUCGGAAAGGGAGGGCAUGGAAGCGUUUACAAAGCAGAGCUGUCGUCCGGUGAUAUUGUAGCUGUGAAAAAGAUUUACGCAUCCGACAUAGAUAUGGCAAAUCAAAGGGAUUUCUUCAAUGAAGUAAGGGCACUGACAGAAAUCAAGCAUCGGAACAUUGUGAAACUUCAUGGUUUCUGUUCACAUCCACGACACUCCUUGUUGGUCUAUGAGUACCUUGAAAGAGGUAGCCUAGCUGCAAUGUUGAGCAGAGAAGAAGCUAAGAAAUUGGGUUGGGCUACAAGGAUCAAUAUCAUUAAAGGAGUGGCUCAUGCUUUGUCUUACAUGCACCAUGAUUGCUCA